AGCCCAGAGUUGCUUCACAUCACGUAUGAGUAUCAGAAAUAUGGUGUUGGGUUGAGCCAGGGAGCUUGUGCAUUAUAGAGUCGGUUUAAAUCAAGAUCUGUCAGGGACUCGCAGGACGAAAAGAGAAGAGGCAAGUAGGUGAAGAUAAAGAGGGAAACUUCUUUACUUGGAUGGUUCUGAAACUCGAUAGUCAGAGAGAUUGAAGCCAUGGCAACAAUUUAUUGAAAGGCUGGCAAAAAAAAAUUUUCUGGCUAUAUGUUUGUACGAGUUGGCGAACUUGUCAGGCUACGACAUGCUAUAUUAUCUGAACAUUAGGUAUAAAUGUUAAAAAAAAUGAUUUAGUGGUUAAUACGAGUUAAGUUCAUAACUAAAUCGAAGCCACGCUGAGAUGAAGAUGCGAGGAAAUGAUUUUGGAGCAGUUGAUACCAGAAACACUUUUGCAACCUAAUUCAUUGAAGCAGGCACAGUUGCACAUGCAUGUCCGUAGCAUUUCUAUGCCAGAAGAGGUAUAAAGACGUAGUGGAGAUGGUCGUACCAAUCCACAUAUUAGGGUCUUUAGAAGGAUUUGGAGGGAGAGUAGUUAGCUUCAUCGAUAUAAAUAUCUGUUGAAUAACCAAUCAGUCCAUGGACAAGAGUUGCUCCUGGAGUUCUAUUAUCAAUGGCUCUCCCGAAGGUUGCUUUCGGUUUCAUUGUAAUGAGUGUUCUAUCAUUCACUAGCUCCCUAGCUUACCCUGGUUUCUUUCGUUGGGGUGGUACUGGCCCUGCAGGCGGUGGCUCUUUUGGUCUGUUUCCUGAAUUUUAUCAGUUUUCAUGCCCUCAAGCCAAUGAAGUUGUCAUGUCUGUCCUGAAGAAGGCGAUUGCAAAGGAGCCUAGGAUGGCUGCCUCAUUGCUAAGGCUUCAUUUUCAUGAUUGCUUUGUGCAGGGCUGUGAUGCGUCAGUGUUGUUGGACGAUAGUGCAACAAUAGUGAGUGAAAAGAAUUCUGCACCAAACAGGAACUCCAUUAGAGGAUUUGAAGUGAUUGAUGAAAUCAAGACCAAGUUAGAAGAAGCAUGCCCUCAGAUUGUCUCAUGUGCUGAUAUACUUGCCUUGGCCGCUCGUGGCUCCACUGUACUAACUGGCGGACCUUAUUGGGAGCUUCCACUUGGAAGAAGAGACUCCAGGGGCAGUCUCAGUGGCGCUAACACCAACAUUCCACCACCCAACUCCACCGUCCAAAACCUGAUAACAUUUUUCAAGCGUCAGGGCCUUAAUAAGGUUGAUCUUGUUGCACUCUCAGGAGGCCAUACAAUUGGGGUGGCAAGAUGUGUGACCUUCAAGCAGAGGCUGUACAAUCAAAAUGGGCAAAACCAACCUGAUGAGACUCUAGAGAAAACCUACUACUUAGGGUUGAAGUCAGUUUGCCCAAGAUCAGGUGGUGACAAUAACAUCUCCCCCUUGGACUUUUCCUCUCCUGUAAAAUUUGACAACAGCUACUUCAAGCUUAUUCUGAGUGGUAAAGUGCUUCUCACUUCCGACGUAGUGCUUUUCACAGGGAACAUUGGGGACGCUAUGGAAUUGGUUAGAAGCUAUGCUGAGGAUGAGGGCCUCUUCUUUCAUCAAUUUGCCAAGUCAAUGGUCAAGAUGGGAAACAUCAAUCCUCUGACUGGUUUUCAUGGUGAAAUUAGGAAGAAUUGUCGCCGUGUUAACUAAGGGCCUGUAUUAUGCAUUUAAAUAAAUGAUAACCAAUUAUUCAGUGUC